AAUCUGUGCAGAGGGGCAGAAGAGGACCGCAGCAAACGAACAGGACACACUGAACACACGCAAGUAAUUGGCCGCAAUUUAAAUAUUAAGCAAAUUGCGAGCCCAAUUCCAGUCGCCGGGUUCACAGGAGGACGCUCUGCGACCGACGACAGGGCAACCGGAGCUAAAGGUGCUGGAAAUGGCCAAAGCAGUGUGUCCAGAUAUCAACGACGGCUACUUUGUGCCGGACGAGGACGACUUCUACAUGGAUCGGGGCUUCGCAGAUUUCAAGAAGCGCCGUGUGCUGCGCUUCCAGUUGCCGCCAGGGCACCGGGGCUCCGAAUCGCCGACCCCAAGCAUCAAAAUGGAGCCGGAGGACGAGGCCUGCGUCCCUGCGGGCAAAAGUAUGCAGAAGGUGCCCUCGCUCAGUGACCUCAGCGACCCCGAAAGCUCUCUUGACAUACCAACUCAGGUGCCCCCGUUGACGCCGGGCACCAACAAGAAGAUGACAGAGGCCCUGAAGGCGUCGUUCGCGUCUUGGGAAAAGGAACAAGUCCACUUGAUCAUCCCAAAAGAUCCGAGACAGUGGAGCGAAUCACAUGUGGCGCAGUGGCUGCAGUGGGCGACCCGCGAGUUUUCCCUCGAAGGUUUGGCCACGCAGCAAUUGAAUAUGCGCGGCCGGGACAUCUGCAGCAUGGGCAAAGAGACGUUCCUCAGCAGGGCGCCACCCUACAUGGGCGACAUCCUGUGGGAACAUCUUGAAAUCCUGCAGAAAGACGUCGAAAGGGACCGAAUCAUCUCCUCGGAGACGGCCACUUACGAGCCCGUAUGCGUGCCUGAUCUCACAGACUUCCUCUCCAACUACCCUCCGAUGGGGGAGCCCCACAAGGCCACCCCCGUCAUGGGUGGCGCGCCCACAGCGCCUCCGGUCGGAGGCGGCUCGCCGCCGCCCCACCCCACCCCCAACGGCCCCAUGAGCGCGGCGUCCUCGUCAGGCUCAGGUCGCGGCCUCCACAGUUCGCCCUCGUCCUACAUGCCUUCAGAGACAGGUGGUUACGGCGGCCUUCUUCGGUCCCCGGCGCAGAUGCGAGGUGAGCCCGACACGUCGAGUCCGCCGCCUCCGAGUGGGGCGCCGCCGACGUCGCAGCAGCAGUACCUCCACCUCAGGAACACCCUGUACCACAUGAAGGAAGAAAACGAUCGGGACGGAAGUUACACGAGCUCUCAACUGGAGGCCCUGCCCUCUCCUCAGCACCUGGCCGACCUGGGCCAAGGUCACGAGGAGGGCUACGUGCCGCAGUACCACGAGACGGACACCGAUUACCAUCCGAUGGAGCACCCGGCGCCGCACACCGCCUAUCACCACCCGCUCGAAAAUUCGCCAGAGUUCUACCCAAGCGCGCCGCCACCAGCGCUGCUCGAACAAAAGUUCCCCCAGCCGUACAAGCCCUACAGCCGCACGAGCCGAUACGGUGCCCCACACGACCCGUACGCCGACGCUUACUCGAGCCAGUACGACGCUGCAUCAUUCCAGACGGUGCCCAGCAGUGAGCACUGGGCCCCUCAAGAGGCCCACGCGCCCUACCUGAUGCACCACGCACCCCCUGGUGGCGCCGAAAACAAGCCGCCGCCGGCCCUCCAAAUGAUGGCCCAGCACAUCUCAGCCACUCCAGGUGGUAAUGGACCUGGUCCGUGCUUCACCGGAUCCGGACCGAUCCAACUGUGGCAAUUCCUGCUUGAGCUUUUGACGGACAAAUCGUGCCAGAAUUUCAUCUCGUGGACCGGCGACGGCUGGGAAUUCAAGUUGACCGACCCGGACGAGGUGGCCAGGCGGUGGGGUGUGCGCAAGAACAAGCCGAAAAUGAACUACGAGAAGCUGAGCCGCGGCCUCCGCUACUACUAUGACAAAAACAUCAUCCACAAGACUGCCGGCAAGCGCUACGUCUACCGAUUUGUUUGCGAUCUCCAGAGCUUGUUGGGGUAUACGCCAGAAGAGCUUCACCAGAUGGUGGACGUCAAACCGUCUGACAAAGACAAAGAUGACUAAAUUAUGCGGGAAAAGUGUGUGUGUCAGUGCCUUCGUGUAAAUAAUAAUAAUUAUUUAAUGAAGUACAUAAUAAUUAUUUGCUGCGUGAAUCAAAGCAAGCCCUUUCUGUCUCUCUACAAGAUUAAAAACUUUGUGAUCAAGGGACAGCUUUUGUUGAGAAAUUUUUAAAGAAGCAAACACUUUACAUAGUCCUUGUGUAAAAAUUUUUAUUGUAAAACGCAACAAGUUGUGAA